GCGGCCAUGGGAUGGCCCCACCCACCGCCCCCGCUCCUCCGGCCCCUGCCCCGCCCUGCCGCGCAUGCGCGCGGAGCAGGACGGGCCGAUUCACGCACCCAAAAUGGCGGCGGCAAUGGAUGUGGAUACCCCCAGCGGAACCAACAGCGGCGCCGGCAAGAAGCGCUUCGAAGUGAAGAAAUGGAAUGCUGUAGCUCUGUGGGCAUGGGACAUCGUGGUUGAUAACUGUGCCAUUUGUAGAAACCACAUUAUGGAUCUAUGCAUAGAAUGUCAAGCCAACCAAGCAUCGGCUACCUCUGAGGAGUGCACAGUUGCAUGGGGUGUCUGCAAUCACGCUUUCCACUUCCACUGCAUCUCUCGCUGGCUCAAAACUCGCCAAGUAUGUCCGCUGGACAACAGGGAAUGGGAGUUCCAAAAGUAUGGACACUAGAGAGAUGGUCACACGCUUCUUGUUACGUCAUCGAACUCAGUUGUUCUUGUCGCUAUGAGUUUGUUUUAGUGACUUGGAAAGUCAGUAAUGUAUACAAUUCUUCUUUCAUGCUAAUUUCUUCCUAUUGUGUACCAUUGAAUAAAGUCUUGCUGGAGCUUCCUGUCAAA